AUGUGCCUUAAGUCUUUUGAAUUAGCUUGUAAUGACAUAUACAAAAUUGAAAAUAAAUAUGAUAGUGAUGAAGAAGAAAGAAUAGACACUGAAGAAAUUAACUAUGAACAUAACCAAGGCAUUUACGGUUGUAACGGUUCUGACAUGCAUGAUGAAACAAAACAUAAUUUGGAAGGCUUUCAAUGUCAUAACACAGCUGCCAGUACCAGUGAUGAAGAACAAGAAGAGUUGCCUUAUGAUGGUAACUUAAAGAAUGUUAGCCAUCAUCAAAAAGACGAGAAAAUUGAUUUAGCUGAUAAUGUACCACCAUUAUCCAGAGUCCUUGGGAACCUAUCAGGUCUUGGGCCUGUUAGUGGAAUGAGCCAAAAUAUCCCACUUGGAGAUCAAAAAUCAAUUGUAAAAAAUAUGUCCCCCCAACAAGAAGUGCCCGAUAAUGAAAUGAACAUAGAGGUUAAAGCUUCUAGUCAUGAAAAUAAAAGUGAAAUGAAGGACCUUACAUCAGAGCAGCCGGGUGAUUUGUUGAUGCCUACAAAUGUAACUAAAGCAAAAAAUAGCUUUCAGCUUGGUGGUGGAAGGUCAAGUAUUUCUGAAUCAGUUCUACAUCAUCCUUUUGAAGAUGAGGCACUUGGUUCAUCCAUGUACAUUGACUCUGAGACUCUACCAGAGACUUCUUUUACGGAUAGUAUUGAAGAAACUGUAAUUAUGAAUCAAAUUUCAUCAACUUCCAAUAAUGAUUUGUUCAUGAAAAAUAACACCAUUUGUAAAUCAGGAACUGAUCUUUCAAAGAAAGAAGAAACAGAUGGAAAAUUUGGAAAUGACGAACAAUUGGUCCAGGUGAUAAGUGAUUCUUACUGCAAUAACAUUACUGAAGUGAAUGUGGAAAAAAUUGGCACUUGUAGAAGAAAGACAAGUUGUGAUGUAGAGACUGCACCAAAAAUAGUACAAGAAGAAAAUGCACAAGCACCACUUGGUCAUAAAACUGCAUCAGGAGCUGCUCAAAAUCCCAUGAUAAAAAUGAGAAGAACUAUCUCUUAUAAUGAGAUCAAAUAUGGCAAAGGAAAACAACAUUAUCCUCUACUUGACCUUUCCAAAGUGGCGCCCAAGGUCAAAAUUCCCAAGAGGAAUACUUACAAUAAUUAUAAAUGUCAAAGAUCCAAAAAUGCAAAAUCUUCCCCCAACUCAUCAGAAAACCUCCACAACAUUUACAAAUCAACAGUAGAUGUAGUGCAAAGUGUACCAGAUAACGCACAACUUUCAGCAAUUGCUACAGAAACGGAAGUUAAUAUUAAAAAACAUUUGGAAGUGAAUCAGACCCCUGAAAAUUUCCAACAAUUGCAGGAAGAGUUUGACAAACUAUUAAUAAAGUAUGCAGAAGCAGAAAAUACCAUUGAUCAGUUGCGGUUUGGUCGUAAGAGAACUGUAACUUCUGAUAUAUCCAAAUCAAGUGAAAUGAUUCAUUUUGGAAUUUUGCCAGCACCUUGUCAAUUAGCCAUUUUGACAAGUCCACAACAACCCAGAGCUGAGCCGAUAUGCACCAAUGAAUCAGUCACAUUCUUCCCUUUAGAAUCAACCUGUAAAAACUGCCCCAUGUCAUCAUCAGUAACUCCUGCUGGAUCUAAACCAGAUUCUUGCCAAUCUAUUUCUGAAUUUUACAAGGCAACGGCAGAACAAAUGGCUCAGCAGCUAAAUAAACACAUUAAGUAUUUUAAAUGUCAGGUUGAAGACUUUAAGAACUUCCUUAAUUUUAAAUCAGCUCCUAUGGAAGAUAAAAUAGAGGCAAUGAAGGAACUGAGAGAUGGCCUAGACAAGCUAGAAAGGACCUACAUUGCAACUAAAGAUGAGCACAGUAAUUUUCAACGUCGCUGCUAUUUGGAAAAAAAUACUACUGUUGGAGAGUUUGACCCAGAUAGAGAAAUUGAAGGAGAAAUAUUUAGAAUAGGAAUGGCACUGGAAAAUAUAAAAGAGCAAAUUGAUGAGGAUAUUUGUAAUCAAUCAAGCUUACCCAGUUCCUUCUUUACAUCUGCUCCACACUCCAUUCCUGAACUGUCUUCGAGUCUUGCAGUUUAUUCUGAGAGUUCCAUGACUACCAUUACACAAGAAGGACUAAGGGAAGUACAUGAGAGCAGCUUACUCAAUGAUGGAAGUGAAACACAGACCAUUUUUCAAAUGCAGAUGAUGACAAAUGAGAACAAUAAUUCAACCUUAUUAAAAGAUGCAUACAAUCACAUCCCACAAAGGCAAGCUGCUAUUGUAUCAACAAAGGCAGAGAAUAAUAUUCAUUCUUCAGUGAACAUUGCUGAUUUAUCUUUGAAUAGAACAUCAGAAUUACAAAACAUCUCAUUCCAGGGACAGGAAUUAUUGAAUGAACUUAAGCAGCAGAUGCUCAUCCCUGACAGAGGGGCUGGUACAUUGGAAGGCAGCAGACGUACCAUUACACACACAUUGAAUUCUGAGCAACCACAAACGGAAAGAAACUCAGGCCUCGGUGAACAUAUGCUUUCCUCUAAAUCAAAAUUGCAUAAUGCAAAUGAGGAGCCUCCAUCCUUGCAAACAGAUGAAAAUAUAAAUGAAUUGGGCGAUAAUAGAGUGAGGCAGUUACUUCAGAUGGCUGAUCCUUUGGGUUGUGGUACUCCAUUCAACUGGCAUAAAUCCAUCACUGGUGUGGCUGAAUCUCCAACACAACCAGGAGAAGCAUUCCUACAACUGGAUUUUCUUACUGAGUGCUCAGACGAUCACAUACCAUUGCCAGACCCUCAACAGUGCACACCUAGAAUAACUCUACAGCAGACUACCUGUGACACAGAUGAAAAUGAAAGUUUAUCUCAGCCACGUUCUGCAAGAAAUGAAGAAAUCAUGGAACUGCAACUUGAAGUUGCAAAACUCAAGCAAAAAUUGGAGGAAAAUCCCUCUCAGUUUUCCAAUGAUCCCAAGACAAAAAAGGCUUUUGAAUCUGUGUUACAGAAACAAAGCUACAGCAUCACAGCAUGUCAUAGAAAGAAAACUUCAUCCAGAAGCGAAAGUGUGGAACAUGUUAAAUUAAUGAACAAUAGUUUAGAAGACCAUAAAAGAAGGCAUUCUACUUGGCUACAAUCAGGUGAUGAUGCUUCAGACGCUGAACUAUGCAAUGGAAUGGAUUAUUUUUCUGACACAGAAGCAUCUGUGCACUCAAAACUAAGUUUCAUAAAGGCAUCAAGAACUGCACACCAUAAACAAAUUUACUCCAGAAACCACAAGUCAAACAGCACCUGGUCAGAUGAAGGCUUGUCCUCAUCAUCAAAUGGACAGAAUUUGCAGAGAAGGAGAAGGAACACAAGUUCUUUGAAUAACAAAAUCAUACCCUUUAAACACUUCUCCGAGAGUUCCUCACGACAAAGUAGGAGUAAUUGCACUUCUAGUGACAGUAUUUCAUCUACUGCAGCAAAUGAAUAUUCUGAAAUGUUAAAAUCUAUUUCGCCAGUAAGAUCUACCAUUGAUUAUUCACCAAUGUCAAGGGUUUCUAAAAAUUACUAUGUACCAUCAUAUGAAAUAAUCAAAAAAGGAUUACAGUGUUUACCAAACCAAAACUAUAGCACUAAGUAUUUUUGGAGAAAUUGCACUGAUAAAAGCAUCAGUAUUCCAGAGAUUUCACAUCUGAACACAAAUCUGGACAGAGCAAUCGAGGCUGCGCGUAAGAUGAAGAAAACAACCAGGAGAAUGGUUAACAUUUUGUCUGCUGACUUGGCCAGGACUGAGCACUAUAAAUAUUUGUAUGAUUUUUAG